AGGUGGAGGAGAUGUACAAGCAGUGUCAUGCAGCAAUUCGCAUUGAUCCCACCCCCAAGAUCAAACCAAAAGCACCCAAAAAGAGCGACAGAAAGAAACGGAAUGCAAAGAAACAAGCCAUGGAUAACAAAGGAGACACUGGCAGCGAAAAGAGACAAGCCUGGAUGGCAACAGUGAAAGAGGGGAAAGCUGAGGGGGCCAUGAUUUAACUGAACUUCGGCAUCAACAGCGGGAAAGAAUCCUGCGACCAACUGUGAUAAUUCUGCCAUUGUUGUGGCAGAUCUUGGAGCUAUUUACGCUUAUGUCUUUUGGUUAUUUUGGGAAUUGUUUGUGAAAUAAUGAUUUGGUUAAAAUUUCAUAUUAAAGCUUACAGACUUUUGGUUUCAGUGACAGAAAUGGAUUAGUAAUACUAAACCAUGGGAGUUUGUUGAAACUAAGAUGGUAAAAUAUGUUUAUAAAAUCCCACUGGUAGAAGUCUAGUCAAGUAAUUAGCAUUCUGUUGUUAAUUUUUGUUUGUCUCUGCCUAGAAGAGAAUAUGAGACUGAAGGAGCUGCUUGCAAAAAAAUAUCUAUGUGUUUAGCACAUUCAUAUAUUUUUGAUUACAGAAACAUCAAUAAAAUAUUUAUGAAUGUUUUUUUUUUACAUG